GCAACAGUAUGUUGACAGUAACUCAGCAUAAUGUUUACUAUUUCUUAACUUCUUAGCUCUUUGGGGAAAUGCCCUUGGCAAUUAUUAACUGGUCCGGAUCUGAACUGGGCUCUCAGCUCUGCUUUGUCGUGGUGAUUUAAUUCUUCACAAAAUGUGCGUGAGAUAUCUCGGAUUUGUUCUCCUGGUUUGGUUCACAGGGGUGCUGCGUGCUCAAAGUGCAGCACUGCAUUGUGGUGCUCCCAGCCUGAGUGGUGGUUAUCUUGUCCCUGAACAAGAAACUUAUUCUCAUGAAAGCGAGCUCACUUAUGCUUGCGAUAAUGGACGUAAACCAGCAGUGGAGGGAUGGUGGGCAACAAGCACAUGUCAAAAUGGCAAAUGGUCUCAUGAACCACAGUGUAUAGACGAAAAAGCCUGCAUUCCACCAACUAUCCCAAAUGCAAAAUACACUGAAAAGUUAAAUGGUUGGUAUGAGGAGGGACAUAAAAUAAGAAUAACAUGUGAUGAAGGAUAUGAACAAAAAGACCAGGACGCCACAGCUGAAUGUAUAAAUGGAAUAUGGACCUCUGUGCCAGUCUGUGAGAGAAGUACUCAGGCAUGCGGUGAGCCCCCUAAAAUCCCCCAUGCAGUCAUCAUUCAUCAGGAAUACCAGGAGGUGUUUGCUGUAGAUUCAGAACUGCAGUAUGAAUGUGAAGAUGGAUAUACUGUAGAGGAAGCAGACGGCAAAAAAUCCAUCUUUUGCAUAGCUGGAAGCUGGACUAAAGGCCCAACGUGCAGAAUCAGACCAGGUACUGGACUUGGUGGAUCCACAGUGGGAGGAACACAUGGGGGACACACCACAUCUACUGGUAGUGGGACACAACCUGCGAGUGGAGGCGGAGGAAUCAGACCAGGUACUGGACUUGGUGGAUCCACAGUGGGAGGAACACAUGGGGGACACACCACAUCUACUGGUAGUGGGACACAACCUGCGAGUGGAGGUGGAGGAACUGGACCACUUACUAGACAUGUCAGCAACUGUGGAAAACCUCCCAUAGUUCCUAAUGGGGAAGUUUUGGAAACGAAUCGACUGUUUUUGAAGUACCGAUGCGGUACCUUUUACAAACUAAUGGGUCCAGAGACAGUGGUGUGUUACAGCGAUGGCACGUGGUCAGAAGUACCCACCUGCAGAGUUGCAUACUGUGCUGUGGACACUGAUGAAUAUCCUGACUUAAAACAUGCUGGAGUUAAAUAUAUAAAAGAUGGUGAGAGUUUGAGAUUCGAAUGCGUGGAUCUCUGGUUGGUAACUAAUUAUUCUGAGGGCCGGUGCACUGAUGGAAGAAUGACGUUUACCAGAUGUUGUAACAAGUUUCAACUAAACACGAAUAUUUGCUAAGGCUGUAUCACCGAGGGGAAGACGCUGCUGCCUCUGGACUCGCUCACCACCGGCUGAAAACAAAUGCCAGCCUGGAAACUUUUGAGAGACAACCAAGUUAUAUUGAUCUAUGCAGGCCUACAUAAUGUAGGAGCAAAUUGUAUGUCUGUAUGCUCAAAGCUGCAAAAGUAACAGAUAAAUAUGGUGUGUAUUUGAUGGACUUGCCUGAAUAAAGUCUUCAAUUGGAAUUUCAACACUAA